GGGGAAUGGGAGUGAAUGUGAGAUCACAGCAAAUAUUAUUGUAACUUAUCCAUUUGCUCUAAGACCAAAAUAAAAAAAAUCCACUAUUACGUUUGAAUGACAUUCCAGCGAUGGAUUAAGACAGUAAAAUGGGAGACGACGCCACAUUUACUGUCACUUUCUCAGCAGCUGUAAUUGAAACUCCGUCGCAGCUGUGGUGAUUAAUUUUUUUAAACUAAUUCCAGGGUAAUAUAACCCAAGGCAUAAUGUUAUCAAUUUACACUCAAUAUUUAAAAAAAAAAUAUAUAUAUAAUGAAAAAGUUUGCGAGAUUUACGUUGCUAAAUAAGGCGGAAACGCGUCAUCACAGUCUGUGAAAAGGGUCUAUUUCUGCAGCAUCUAUGGCACGUGACGAUUGUACCCAGCGCGUGCACGUACUGUAUGAAGCAUCAGUUUGCGCACGCGCUUUGCGUCAGGGCAGUUCAGUUCCAUAGCAACCGUAAAGAACAACAUGGCAAAAGCAACAACUAUUAAAGAGGCCCUAGCAAAAUGGUGCCCCGCCUCUGCCAGGCCUCCGCUUGUGCCUGGAGCAGGACUUGGAAAUGCUGUUCCUGCUCCAGGCAUACGUCCAUGAGCGCCUGGUGUUGACUCUGCUGGAUGCUGGCGAGGGUCUUGAAGACUUCACCCAGCGGUGAGGACUCCAUAACGGCAUUCUCCUUCAAAGCCGGGCUUUCAGCACCACUGUAAAAAGGCUCUACGUUCGUGGGCAAUGGAGGAGUCAGGAGACAGCGAACAGAGGAGAAAACAGGAGAAAAAGUGAGUGAGGCCACAGCAGUGAAGCUUUUCAGCCAGAACCCUCCCAUUGAAAAAAUGGAUGCGUCUCUCUCAAAUCUUGUCAACUGCGAGAGAUUAACCUUGUCUACAAACUGUAUUGAAAAAAUUGCCAACUUGAACGGUCUAAGUGAGUAUACCCCUCAAGAGAAACUUAAGAUAUUGUCCUUGGGGCGGAACAACAUCAAAAAUCUUAAUGGACUGGAGGCAGUAGGUGAUACUCUGGAGGAGCUGUGGAUUUCUUUUAACCUCAUAGAAAAGCUGAAGGGAAUUCAUGUUAUGAAGAAACUCGAAGUCCUUUACAUUUCCAAUAACUUGGUCAAGGAGUGGGGGGAGUUUCUGAAGCUGGCAGACCUUCCAUCAUUGGUGGAUCUUAUUUUUGUGGGGAACCCAUUAGAGGAAAAGCAUGCUGCUGAUGGCAACUGGAUAGAGGAAGCAACUAAGAGGCUUCCCAAGCUUAAAAAGCUAGAUGGCAACCCAGUCAUCAAACAAGAGGAGGAGGAAGUUGGGGAAAGUUAAUGCAAUUUGUUUAACUUAAAAUAAUAAUAAUAAUAAUAAUAAAAAAACAUAAACUUAAUUCUUAAGUUGAUACAUUUUUUUAAGUUGGUACAUUUUUGUUGACCGAACACCAGCAUUUUAGCUAAUAAAUGUCUGUGCAAUAUUUGCAUUUUUUAGGUGUAUUUAUAUAAAUUGAAAACACUAUUUGAAUAGAUUGGGCAAGCACACUGUGGAUAUCUUUUGUUAGCUUUAGCACAAGAGAAGUUACAAAAUCAUGAUUUAUGUGUUGUGCAGAUGGACAGAAUGCAUGGUACUAAUUUACUCCAUUUCUUACAUUUUCAAAGCAAAAUGUUGUCAUUUUGUAGCUCUCACUUCUCAUCAGGGAGACCAAUAACAUUUUAAAUGAUUAAAUGCAGUACGUAAGCCAGUGUCUUUAAAGCAAGACCAAAUCUGUUUGGACUGCUCAGUAGGAUCCAGGGUAUGAUGCGUAUAAUUGUUACUAAUGGUGCUCUGCUUUAGUAUCUCUCUUAUAGUCUCUAUUAUGAGGCUAUAAAAAAUGCACUGAAUCUGAAGUUUGCUUAUCACCACAAGAGGGACAAAAUGGUAAUUAUAUGUGUUUUCUAUGAGGGAUACUUUUUCAAUAAAUUUGUUUGUGCAAAAACAAAAAUCCAAAUCUGAUGCCAAUAAUUCUGCUGUCAUACAGUUUUAUUACUAUUUGUAUUUUUAGCACAGUACAUUGUAUGUCUUUAUAUUUUUAAAAAUGCAAAAGGAGAUCAAUUAAACACUUGCAUGCCUCCAUAGGGUAUCUUAAGGAAUACUUUGGGUUGAGUUGAGUAAAUUAAACAAUCUGACCAAAUCAAAGCACCGUAACUAAUAUUGUAAAUUAAAGAGUACUUUGACUUUGUUAACAGUUUUGUUGUUAAUGUGUGAUUUUUGUUUUAUAUUUACAUUUUUAUGUAUGUUUAUUAUGAAUAUGCAGAAAUUUUGUGACUAAAUGAUUAUUAAUUGUUUUUGUCUACUGUGUAUCACAAGAUAAAUAAACUACUUUAUUCCCUGG